CAGAUACAUUUCACCUUAUUGAAGACGCAACUAAGUAAUCUCACGAUGAACAGAAAUAUUCUAUUUGUUUUUGGAAUUUUAACGCUGCUUACCAUCGCUGUAUUUUUAACGGACAGUAGCAAAUCCCGAGUCAGAUUUCAUGAAAGGCGGUUCUUGAGAUCGAGAUGGAGGCUUAGACCAACAACAAAACCGACCAGAAGAUAUCGUACUCCGUUGCGUCAGGCCCAAAAUAACCAACACAGCGAUAGUCCAACAAAAUUUGUUAAUGAAGAGGACGUUCGUAAAUAUUAUGAUGAUAUCUACGAAAAUGGUUAGUUAAUUUAGAAGGCUUAGAAAAUUAGCCUGUGAAAACAGUCGACAUUUCGCGACGUCCACUGAUUUCUCCGCGAAAUGACGUCUGAGAAAUGAGCGUAGAAAUUCCAUACUGAUGACGUGAACUACCCCGGUCUGAGAAGUGCUUCUUAGUCGUGGCGAGAGGGACAUUUGCUUUAACCAAUCAGCAGAACUACCUAGAUAUGGGUAGUGACACGUCACCAGUAUGGAAUUUCUGCAUUCGUUCGGCUCAGAGGUCAUUUCGAGGGGAAACUAGUGGUGUGGUCACGAAAUGUCGGCUGUUUUCUAAUGUUAUGAAAAUUGUACUUUCCUACCGAUCCUUGCUAAGCGAUGAAAACCAGUCGAAGAAUGCAGCACUAUAUGUAUGAGAAGAUCAUGUUACGACAAAAAUCAGGCGUUGAACAUAACAUAUGUCAUGUGAAAGAAUUGUAGGUGUCAUCUGAGCUGUCAGUAGUGACGCUGACAUGAAAACGAGUCGACUUGGUCUUCUUCUCUGAAUACACCGAUUCUAGAAAGACUGAAGUGUAUGUAGUCUAUCUAAGCGAGGCUGAAUGGAACAAAAAUUACGAUAAAAAGAAAUGAUCCACAAAUGAUGGGCAGCUGCAAACUGUAAAGCGGCUCAGUGAAAAUAAUAGAUAGAACGGGUUGGUUCAAUUUCGGUUCAGUAAGUACGCACUGUUGCACAGUAAUUGUGGGCCUUUUUCUUUUAAUAAACACUGUUCCGCGGAAGUUUAAAUUAGCCCGUUUCACUUUUUUGGUCAGCCGUUCUUUGUGUUGCCGUCACGCAACGCUCUAACGAACGUUGCGUGACGGCACAAAGAACGGCUGUGGAGUGGACGGUAUUGUUGAUUUUCACAUGACGUCACUAAAAUUCAAACUACAAAACUAUCGAUCCUACUGAGAUUUUACUUUCAUGGUGUUUUAGAGCAGCUGAAAACUAAUUUUCCAUCAAAUUUUCGCUUCAAAAGGGUUCUUGGUUUUGUAAUAGAGUACCCUUGAAUUUUUAAGCUUUUGCUGACGCAGCAUUUACAUGACGGCCGAAAGAGAUGUCAUUUAGGAUAAAAAAGUGACUUUUUUCGAGAAAUUUUGCUAUCUAAACAGUUCAAGUGUUAGAAAAAGUAUUACUUUAAUGUUAUGAGUUCCUCUAGGAGUAAAUUCACGCUUUUGUAGCAAAACUCGGUAACAGGUGUUUCUUUUGGUUUCGGUCCGCCAUGUUGGAGCUCAUCCGGAUGAGCUCCAGCAUGGCGUCUCCAUACAAAGCUCUAUAAAUUUGGGUGAAACAUUUCCUCGGAUAUCUCGUAUACGAGUUAUUCCUUCGACCCAAAUCUUGGCGAGGGUCUUUGUAUAUUCACCUCCUUUCAUUUCCCAGGUUCUGGACUUUAUAUGUCGAAUGGUUUUGAUUUUUAUUUUGAUCUAUUUUGGAUGGCGUGACACUGAAAGCCAGCAAUAUGGAGUGAUGUUACGCUUUUCUUACAUGCAAAGGCAAGAUUUUCCUGGAAUCUGUGUUUCACAUUUUUCCUCGCUAGCAAGCUCUUUUUCUAUGUAAUUAUGUAAGAAAGAAUACAUGAUCAGGCAGCUACUCGAUUACGGGUGUUUUGAUAUCUCUUGAAACUCAAUUGCUAUAUUGGAUCAAAAUGAAACAAACCGUGAAACUCAAGAAAACAAAUUAUACCAUUUGUAUAUACGGCUUUAUUCGUGUCCUUUCGGCCUCGCUAUUUGAGAGAUUUUUUUGUUAGACUGCAAAACAGUCCGUAUUUUUGCGUAUUCAAAUACGCGCGAGCAGUCAAACCAAAGGUCUGGAAUGAGGCUGAUAACAGAGAGCGAGACUGGGGAGAGGCGCGCCUCGCACGCCCGUAGGGCGUGUGAGGCUCGCGCGCUUCCAGCGCGUAAGACUCUUACGCCACGCUUUACCGAUUUCUUUACUGAUUUUGAGAAAAAAAACCGACUGUUUUGCAGUCUAUUUUUUUGUAUAGAUAUAUCAAAAUUUGAAUGCCGAAGUUCAUAAUUUACUCACGCAUAAUUUAUCGGAUCUAUCUAUACCGUAAAUUUUGUUAUUUUCUUUUAAAUAUGUUAUUUUUUGUGCUUUUAUGCGUAGGUGAUUUGUUUUAUCCAGAAGACACAAGAUCUGAAGAAAGAACGCUGUUAAGAUGA